UCGUCUCUUCCCUUGACCUGUACUGCCCUAUCUCCUCCCUCUCCCUCACCCACUCCCUCGCCCUCCACCCUUUUUUCACACCCACACCGCCCAGCCUGUAGCAAGGGCCAGUACGGACCGAACUGCCAGUCGAAGUGUGACUGUGGUCCAGGCAUGGUGGCUUGUGAUCCGGCUGAUGGCUCCUGUCACUGUGGCGACGGAAGCGUCGGCGGACGGUGCGAGAUACGUAAGCAAUUGCCACUUUUCUUCACCUUCUUCUGCAAACAUUGUCCCCAUUCGGUCUACUGUGGGCUCGUUGAACUGAAAUUGGCUUUGUGCGAAAGCAGGCAUGUGUGCAUAGGUUUGAUGGGGAGAUUGGCAUUUUCACACCUCGCCAGAAGACCACAACUCAUUGCUUUCGGUCCAGCCAGUGCCUCUUCACUUCCUGUCACAAAUAGACCCCCUAACAGAAUUCAGCAGAGCGUACACACCAAAAAUUCAUUUUCAGCAUAA